CUUAUCCAAAUCACGUGCUCGACGCGUCCUCGACUCCUCGGAGGCUCGCACGCAACCCGCGAUCGAGCUGCCCGAGCGAGGCGCGUCGUGAGCCAGACCGAACCAAUCCGGCGAGUGGAUGAGUGGGCGCGUGCGGCAUGGGGACCCGCGACCGUGGCGGCGGCGGGGGAUCGGCGUCGAGGGUCGGUGACGGGGACGUCGACCUGGGCGAGGGCUGGGACUGGGGCAGCAUCCCGCGGCUCCUCUCCUCCGCCUGCCUCUUCCUCUGCUCCGGAGGCUGUUUUGGAUGCUAUGAUAAGGCUGCAAAGCAACUAGGUGAGCUGUCCAAGAGCUUAAUCACCCAGGACCAUAAUCCCACCGUAGGAGACACAUUUUGGAGUACAACCACCAUCGAGAUUGAACCAGCAGAUCUCAGGGGCGUUUCUUCAAUCAAUAUAUCCAACUGGGGCCUUGAUCAGCAUGGAACUGGAAGCAGUCAUAGCCAACCGGAACUUGUUAAUAAUGGACUCGUUCUUUGGGAACAGACUAGGCAGGAGUGGACUGAAAUUAGAAGUCUACGACCGAAGGUGAAGCAGAUUCGCGAACCAGUAUUGAGUUGGAAUGCAGCAUACGAGAGUUUGCUUGGAUCCAAUAAGCCAUUUCCUCAAGCCAUUCCUCUUCAUGAGAUGGUUGAUUUUCUCGUGGACAUCUGGGAGCAAGAGGGGAUGUAUGACUAGCUCAAAUGCUUUCGCAGAAAUAACAUAGUUCUUGGAGAAAGGAAAAAGAAUGGCAUAGUUGUAGGCUUGAUGAGCUAAUGAGGAGUUGGCCUGCCAUACUUGUUUUUGUUCAUGGAGGCCUGUUGUACUUGCUAAAUACAGGGCUGUGGUGGUAAACUUGUAAUGUUAGGAAAGGUCCAGAUUUAGUCGGUUUGUUGAAAGAAGCAAGGAAGGAAGGUGUGUGUGACAGUUGUGGACAUAAGUGUGAUUUGUAUUGAUUGAGAAGAAGAAAGCAUUUAACACCGGUGGCUGUUGAUUCUA